AUGAAAUCGUUGAACACCGAGACGUCUUCCCUCCAUUCACUUGAUACUUGGCCUAGCGAAAGUGCAAGCGGAAGCAAGAACGCAGAUGUGAAAAAUGGCGUAAGCAACGCUAAUUCUGGCGAAAUAACAAGUACUAGUCCGCUCAAAAAUCGUCCCUCCAAUGAUGAUGAUGAAGAUGAUGUCAACAAAACUGGGAAACUCGACCGUUUGCUGGUAAAUCAGCUUGAACUAGAAGACGCCUAUAAAAUAAAAACCAAUCGGGAAUCAGCAAUCUCUUCGCAUUCGUUUCCAAACGAAGCAGCGUCUGUCACCACAGAGGAGGAUGUCCGGCAAACAGUUGUAUCUAAAGUUUUCACAAAUCGUUCGACCGGUGAACUUAGUCUCCCACCAGACGGAGGGUAUGGCUGGGUCUGCUGUGCAUGUCUUACGGUGGUCUUUCUGUCGACUUGGGGAGCUAGUGCUGGGUCUGGUAUUUUUCUCGCUUACUACUUGAACACGGAGGCAUUUCCCGGGGCGACUAAAUACGACUAUGCGCUCAUUGCGGGAUUCAACGUUUUUGGCGGCCAAGGAUUUUCACCACCAGCGAUGAUUUUAGCCCGAAUGAUAGGUUUUAGAGCAACCAUGUGCCUGGGCGUCGUUAUUCUGUUUACGGGAUUCUUCCUGGCUUCGUUUGCCACAAAACUUUGGCAACUGUACUUGACGCAGGGUUUCCUCUUUGGCUUGGGUAUUGCGUUCGUUUUCAUUCCUGCUACUACGAUUCUUCCAGGCUGGUUCUUGAAGAAGCGUUCCACCGCUUUUGGAAUCUCGUAUCUUGGAACCGGCGCAGGCGGUGUGAUUUAUUCGAUAUCCGUUCAAGAAAUGAUAACUAAGACCGGGAAUCAAAGAUGGGCACUUCGAAUGCUGGCCAUUGUAUGUGCUGCUACUUGUACUUUGGCUACAAUUCUGUUGCGGCAACGCGUGCCGUCUAAACCGGUUGGGUUCAAGUCUUGGUGUGUCAUAAAGCAACAGAUUUUACUGGUUUUCCAAUGGAGAGUCGUCAAAACCUAUAAAAUUAACUUGGUUUGUGUCUGGACCACCUUUACCUUAUUUGGAUACAAUUUGAUGAUAUUUACGCUGUCACCAUACGGUGUAUCGCGCGGACUUUCAUCCAAACAGAGCUCUCUUUUAACAAUUGUUCUAAAUGCAGCCCAGUGUGUGGGCAGACCGACAAUUGGCGUCAUUGGUGAUCGCUACGGCCGCGUCAAUACUACUGUAGUACUGACGUCAAUUCUGGCCAUUUUCCUGUUCGCCUUUUGGAUUCCCUCUCAUACUUUUGUUCAACUUAUCAUGUUCAGCAUUUGUAUGGGUUUAUGCAUCGGUGUCGGUAAUGUCAUGAGCGUAGUGCUCAUGGCGGACAUCUCUGGCACAGAAGACUUUCUUCCUGCCUGGGGUUACUCCAACACCUUUACCUCUCCCUUUCUAUUGUUAAGCGAGGUUAUUGCCCAAGCCUUGGUCUCCAAACAAAACCAGAGUAACCCAUACCUUUACGCCCAGAUAUUUGCUGGUAUCUGCUUCCUAGUUGCGUUGGUAUUAGUCCUCCUUCUGCGAGAAACAAUAGUCAAGCUACGUUUAGAAGAGAUUCACAGAGACACAAAGGCUCUCGACGGAGAAGCAUGCAAUCUAGAAUCCAAUGGAAUCGCAUAUGCAAACUACCCUCAACCUGGGUUCUCGACUUUUUUAAAACGGAUGUUCCACAGGAUGAAGGUUUGA